AUGGUGAGCGCAAAUGAAAGAACUCCAUUACUGGAUAGUCCCCCAGAUAAUGACGCGCCUGAAGAACAACCUUUGUCGGCUCGCAAGUCUUUCUAUUCGAUCGAGAAUCGCCGUGUGCUAUACACAAUCGCAUCCCUUUGCCUUGUUCUAUUCAUCUUCGAUAUAUCCAACUACAUAGCCGUAGUUCCGCAGACAGCUAUCUUUGAAGAGAUAGUCUGUCGUGAUUAUUAUUCUUCCGGAUUUUCAGUACUGGGAAAUACAAGCGGUGAUAAAUGCAAGAUUGAACCGAUACAGAGCGAAGUGGCUCUAAUCAGUGGUUGGAGGGAUACAUUUGAAACUAUUCCAGCCCUCUUGGUGACAAUCCCUUUCGGGGCUCUCGCGGACAAAAUUGGACGCAAGAAAAUGGCCUUACUUGGAGCAGUUGGCUGUUUGCUUAGCGAUCUCUGGGUGAGGACUGUGUGUUUAUUUUCCGAUAUUUUCCCUCUCCGCUUUGUAUGGUUUUCAGGAGCUUUCCAACUCAUAGGUGGAGGUGCUACUACCAUGUCCUCCAUGAUUUAUGUGAUGGCAGUAGACGUGUGUCCUCCAGAGUAUAGGACGACAUCCUUCUCACAGAUCACUGCUGCUGGUUUGGCAUCAGAAUUUCUCUCAGUCCAAGCUAGCGCCUGGUUGAUGUCAAAGAAUCCCUGGAUUCCAUACCUAGGAUCAUCCUUGAUAUUGAUAACUGGGCUAAUAUUGAUUAUCGUCCUGAUUCCGGAAACAUUCGUUCCGAAAGACGAGUCUUUGAUGGACACAAGUACCGAAGAAAACUUGACUCAUACGGCGGAGUCUCCUAGCUGGAUAGAUUGCUCUUAUCCCCGCAUUCGUCAGCACAUCAGCAACCUCGGUCCAGUGUUCAGAUGGAUGAGACGAAAUGUUCCAGCCAUGAUGAUCAUAUCUUCCUUCUUUUUUGCCAACAUUGGAAGGCAAACAGCGGGUAUAUUACUGCAAUACAUUACACAAAAGUUCCAUUGGACGUUCGCUAAGGCCGCGUUCGUUAUUUCUCUCCGUGCAGUUGGGAACCUCUUCGUCCUUGCAUUCUUACUUCCCACUCUAUCAGAAUUAAUUUCCAGACGGACGCGGCUGGCUGGGGAAGUAAAGGACAAACUCCUUUCUCAAUUCAGCGUUGUUACAAUCAUCUUAGGUUACAUUUUAAUAUUUGUUGCAGACUCACCUCUAGCACUGUCUAUAGGUGUCAUCCUCUCUGCACUCGUAUCUGCGUUUACGGUAACCGCAAGGAGUAUACUGUCAAGCUUGGUUGAUCAGAGACAUCUAGCAACAGUAUAUACAGGUCUUUCCGUCAUGACUUACAGCGGCAUGGUUGCUGGUGGACCCUUACUGGCCAGUUCCUUUCAUUGGGGGAUGAAAUUUGGAGAUCCCUGGAUGGGAUUACCUUUUAUCGUUGCUGCUGGUCUUUAUGUUGUCAUUCUGCUUGUGAUAUCGAUGGCGAGAAUGCCCUAA